AAUUGAGGGUUGUGAAUGGGCCACGUCAUCGUAUCAUAUCCAACGAUAAACGGUAUUUCUUCUGCUAAUCUUCUUUCACUGAUUCAUAGAGAGCGCUCUGUUGAGGAGGGAGAAAAUGGCGUUUCACCUUUCUUCUGCAACUGCAAUUGCAUCUCUCUCUGCUCACUCAACCUCUCGACCUACUACUCUACACCCUAAUUUGAAGUCCGUGAGCUUUCGUGUGAGAUGCAGCAGCAGUUCGGAAUCCGAGAGCUCAUCGGAGGAUAAUCCGGUCACCUCACCGGAAUCUAUCACAGAAAAGACUCAAAACCAAUUGACAUCAAGAAGACUAUGUGUAGCAUGCUUAGCUUCAUCAAUGGCUUUAAUAAGCAAUUCAACCAGUCCACAUAUUAAGGCAGAAGCCAUUGCUUCUGAUGCCAAAGAAAGGCCAGUCUGUAGGAACUGUGGAGGUAGUGGUGCUAUCAUAUGUGAUAUGUGUGGUGGUACAGGAAAAUGGAAAGCUUUAAACAGAAAACGGGCCAAGGAUACGUAUGAGUUUACCGAGUGCCCUAAUUGUUACGGUAGAGGGAAACUUGUAUGUCCUGUUUGUUUAGGUACUGGUUUACCCAACAACAAAGGUCUUCUUAGGAGGCCUGAUGCCAAAGAAUUGCUGAAUAAGAUGUAUAACGGGCGGUUGAUUCCAAACUCCUAGGUAGCAUUCGGCUCUCGGGUUAUUCUUGAACAUGGUGUGUAGACAGCAAAAAAACAUGCGUAUAUAGAAGCUGCUCAGGAUAUAUCUUUAACUCGAGCUGCGGUUGAGUCAUUGAAUUCGAGAUCCAGGUUUCUUCUUGUAAAAACCAGUAAGAAACAACGAAAUUUAAUAUCUUUUAUUAUGAAAGCAGGAUAGGUGAUCUGCUGAUACUUUUAUUAAAAUUUUGAGGUCUAGCUAAGCUUAGAUAGUUCAUAUGAUAAUGAUAGCGAUUUUAAUCAUUAUAUAUUCUUUAAAAUAUAUCAUUGUGUUGAUCAAGUGUUUAUCCGCUUUUUUUGACACGGUUUUCGAGGCGGUAAAAACGUGACUUCAAAUUGUGUGAUCUGUGAGGGAUCAAAGCAUUGCGAAGGGUGACGUUAUCGACACCAUCAUAUGUCUAAACACCUAGUGAAGCCUCUCGCUUUAGUCCAAUGGCAAACCAACCUAGACCAGCAGCUGCAAUGUCAACACAACUCGAGUGCCACCAGUUGUCAUGCUCGCGAAAUUCCUGUUUUACCCAUCUUCCAAGCUCCUCAACUUGUUGCUUCCCUAUGGGUGGCUGGGGAUAAAAAUGGAAAUCAAUAUCUUAAUCCCUAUUACAAGGCAUACAAUACCAUCAUAAGUUUUUUAAAGUAUAAACUUUAAAUUAUGUUCAAGGUACAUACUUAUGAAAAUUUUCUUCGUUCU